UGUAAGGCCAAAAUUGUAUGAUGAUCUCUAAUUGUAUGAUGAGUAAAACUAAACAGUUAGUUAGUAGAGACGCUAAUGACAGUUAGUUGAGUCCUUUGAAUUUGAUGAUGUCAUCUGAAAUGGAAGAAGAGUGAGUGAGGUCCAUCCAUUCAAAGUAGUUAUCUUGAGAAACCCUAAUACAUAAAAUAAUCAAAUUAUUUUGCGUUUGAUGGGAUUAGGAACCGUUGUCGUUAAUUUCAGUGUUAAUAAUAAUAACACUUUUUCACAAACACCAUUACUACACCGUUUUCCACACUUCUCUUUCAUGGCUACCCAUUUCAAUGUUUCACAAACUCAACAAUUCGCCCCAAUUGGAAAUCACGACCUUUUAAUUGUUGGUCCUGGUGUUCUUGGUCGUUUGGUGGCUCAUCAAUGGCGUCAGGAAUAUCCGGGUUGUCAAGUUUUUGGACAAACAAUAACCACUCAUCAUCAUGAGGAGUUGCUUCAAAUGGGUAUUACUCCAUCUUUGAACUGGACCAAAUCUCUGCACAAGUUUCCCUAUGUCAUUUUCUGUGCUCCUCCUUAUCAAUCCUCAGAUUACCUUGGUGAUAUUAGGCAAGCUGCAUUAUGCUGGAAUGGCGAAGGUUCUUUUCUGUAUACAUCUAGUUCUGCUCCUUAUGAUUGUAAUGAUAAUGGUUUAUGCGAUGAGGAUACUCCAGUUGUGCCAAUUGGGAGGAGCCCCAGGACUGAUGUCCUUUUAAAAGCUGAAAAUAUCGUACUCGAGACUGGUGGUUCCGUCGUUAGACUGUCUGGACUUUAUAAAGAAGGUAAAGGUGCACAUGCUUAUUUUUUAGAGAAGGGGAUCGUUGAAUCUCGACCUGAUCACGUCCUGAAUCUCAUACAUUAUGAGGAUGCGGCUUUCCUCUCAGUUGCGAUAUUGAAGAAACAAUUUCGCGGACGGAUUUUCUUGGGUUGUGAUAAUCAUCCUUUAUCCAGGCAAGAAAUAAUGGAUCUAGUCAACAAAAGUGGGAAAUUUGAUAAAAAGUUUGACAAAUUUACAGGAACUGAUGAUCCUCUUGGUAAGAGAUUAAACAACUCGAAAACACGUCAGGAAAUAGGGUGGGAGCCUAAGUACUCUAGCUUUGCUCAUUUCAUUGAGAACUUAUGAUGAUCAACUUCUGAGUGUAUCUUUGGGGUUGAAUAAAAUCUAAUCAAUAUUUUAUCCAUGUUGACAUUGUAAAUAAAAAAUAUUAUCAUUCAUUAGUUAAAUAAAAGUGUUUUCUACAUGCAGCUACAGUUGUAAUUUUCUUUGAAGGUGAACACUAAAGAGUGAUAAGGCAUAAUACAUACAAGGACAUGUGAAUCAUUUUGAUUAUUAAGCACAAUCAUGAAGUAUCAUUGCAUUUUUUCAUACCUUA